AAUAGACAUACAAAGGGGUCAAUUCACAAAGCUUUUUUUGCCGAUACCGGUCGUUAUGUAAACGAUUUCACACGUUAUUGAAGCAAGUCCAAUUCACUAAACGAUUUAACGCUUGUAAAAAUCAUCAAAUAACGUUUCACUACACGGAACCGAUAUUUUUAGUUUUGAGUCGUUAUUGAACGUAUUGAUCGUUGUUUUAACGACUCAAAUCGUUAAAUAUGUACAGAAGUGCAAUUCACAAAGGUUUUUUAGACAGUUAACGAUCGCUAAGCAAUCGUUAAAUAAGCACCUCCCUGAGGGUGGCGUUAUGACAUUUCCCAGGCGAUAUUUCAUUUGUUGAGAGGAAUUUUUUGGCGGUUCAGGCUUGUAGUCAAUUUUGUUAGGAGUUUUGUGCAAGAUGGAACCAUUUGGAUGUGCUCUAUUUGAACUGAAACUGAUCCAGAGGCGAAGAAGGACACGUCAGAAUGUCGUUCAGAUAGAGAAACGUGUAUUCCGUUCACGUACCUUUUUGGAUCAAUUUACUGAAACCCAGGUGAUAGCCAAAUUCAGAUUAUCCUCUCCCAUGAUACAUUCCCUGUAUGAUGAAAUACACUUGGCCCUAGAAACACGCACGCGGAGAAGUAAUGCAGUACCAGGUCUUGUGCGUUUUUUGGCAGUACUUCAUUUUUUAGGAAAGGCCUCAUACCAACAUGUCAGUGGUGAGAUUGUUGGCAUCUCACAACCCAGUUUUUCCCGCUGCUUGGUGGAGGUCCUGCAAGCACUGCGACAACUUGCUCCAAAAUACAUACACAUGGGCAAGUCACGUGAAGAGCGGGAUCAAAUUAAACGUGGUUUUUUUGACCUAGCAGGAAUGCCCAAUGUCAUUGGGGCAAUAGACUGCACCCAUGUGCCAUUAUGUCCCCCAUCAGAACAGGAGCACAUCUACCGAAACCGUAAGGCUUACCAUUCACUCAACAUCCAGGUGAUCUGUGAUUCAAACCUCAUAAUCCGUGAUGUUGUCACCGGCUUUCCAGGAUCCUGUCAUGAUGCCCAUAUAUUGCGCCAAUCGGGAAUAUAUGAUACUCUGGACAAGGACUUAGAAAAUAAUGGAUGGCUGCUGGGAGAUGCUGGUUACCCCUGUCUACCAUGGCUCUUAACACCUAUCAACAGGCCAUCCUCUCCUGCAGAAGCAGCUUACAAUGUUGCUCAUACCAAAACACGAGUGGUUAUCGAAAGAUGCUUUGGUGUCCUAAAGAGCCGUUUCCGUUGCAUGUCCUUGUCUGGUGGAUUCCUUCAGUAUUCCCCCAGUAAGGUAGCUGAUAUGUUCCUAGCAUGCAGCAUUCUCCAUAACAUUGCAAGGCAUGGAGGACUACAAGAGGAACUAGACACCACAGUGGAGGAUGACAUGCCCACAAUUCCAGUGGAAAAUGAUCACAGGGGAAAUGCAGCAAGAAGUAAACUGAUUACAAACUAUUUUUCAGGUAAUAAACCACCGUAACAUGUUUUUAAUUUUCCAAACAUCAUCAGAAAUGAUCACAAACUUGCAUUAUUAAGUUGAAGAGACAGACAUGCUGUAAAAUGAAUUAUUUGGGCUGAUCUUGUUUAUCAAUGUCAAAUCUUAACCAAUGAUGUUUUUUUUAUGAUUUCAGGUUAACCCAACUAUAAAAACUUUGGAGAAAUAACAUAAAAUUAAGACAGGAGUACAAAAAUUGCCAAAAAAUGAAUCUUUAUUUUGUUUUUGUAUUUUUACUUUGUUUUACUUCUUUUGCAUUUAUUUUUUAUCUUGUAAAACAUUCAACAUUAACAGUUUCAAACAUAUAAAAUAAAAGUUUCACUUAAAAGUCUUCUACAAAACAAAAGUGUGUUUGAAUUCUUUAUUGCAACAAGUGUAAGUGUGGGUUAUACACGCAAAAAUUCUGUUCAUCUGCUAAUAAGUACCAACAUUUUUUUGACAUUAGUGAGAAGCAAUAAAAUAGAAGACCGAACUGUGUGCCAAAGACAGUUGAAAUGCUGCAGUUGCCUGAAACCUGUCCUUGCCAGAAAGAUGGUGAAUGAAAUGAGUGCUGUUAACUGCGCUGUGUGGGAGAGGGGAGAAAUGAAAUAAAACUAAAAUAAAUACCACCAAUUGGCGUAAUGGCAGAUGGCUAUAGCCAACCUAAGGUAAGGAGAGUAAGUGACCUGUAAAGAAGCCGUUGAUAUGCAAACCAAUAAAUAACACAAUAAUUGAAUCAUAAUAUUAUAUUUUUGGUGUGAUUUAUUGUUUUGUAUAUCAUCACCUUCAUCACUGGUCACUUAACUCUACCUUUGGUUGCCUAUAGUCAUCUACCAUUACCCCAAAUGUUAUAUAUAUUUUAAUUUCUCCUCUCCACCCCACACCGCAGUUACCAUCACUCAUUUCAUUACUGAGAAACAAUGCACGUUAGUUAAAAUGUUAACUACUCCAGGCAGGGCAUUUGAAAGAUGGAAAAGCGGUCGUCUACAACUUGCAGAAACAUUUUUAACCUCAUUAGUCAGGAAAUGAUACCUACAUUCCAUACCAAUAACAUGUGGUUUCAAAAGUAACAGAAAAUCAAAUUACAGCCAACACAACAUCAAAAAUAUAUGGUUGGGCAAGAUGGAGUAUGGAACCAUUUGG